AUGGAGCCGGAGGGGACCACAGCGGGGCACGCCACUAAUAUGGCACAAUCUGCCGCCUCCAAACUGUCCCAGAUGGGCGAAAGAACUAAACAACUGGUAAUCCAAGACCCAGAACGGCAGAAACGGAUUAUUCUCGUAAUAGUCUGCAUAGCACUUUUAUUAGACAACAUGCUUUACAUGGUAAUUGUGCCAAUUAUACCCGAUUACCUUGAAGAGCUACAGAAAUCAGCGGAUCGUGACCAAGCCGCUGCAGUGCACACCAACUUCACCAACAGCACCGUCCACAAAGUAGCCAAGGGCAACUUCGACCUCCAGAUAGGCGUUCUUUUCGCCUCUAAGGCCAUCCUGCAGCUCCUGGUGAACCCGCUGAGUGGCACGUUCAUAGACAGGGUCGGCUACGACAUCCCACUCUUCAUCGGACUCAAUGUCAUGUUUAUCUCCACUCUCAUAUUUGCCUUCGCUGAAAACUACGCGACCCUGUUCCUGGCGCGCAGCAUGCAGGGCCUCGGCUCGGCUUUCGCGGACACCUCGGGGAUCGCUCUGAUCGCAGACAAGUACACAGAGGAGACGGAGAGGAGCAAAGCGCUGGGUAUUGCCUUGGCUUUCAUCUCUUUUGGGAGCCUUGUGGCGCCCCCCUUUGGAGGGGUCCUCUACCAGUUCGCAGGGAAGCGGGUGCCCUUUCUGAUUCUGGCCUGCAUCUGUCUCAUCGAUGGCGUGCUGUGCCUGACUGUGCUGAAGCCCUUUUCCAACCGAGAGAGAGAAAACAUGCCAGUGGGCACCCCCAUUUAUAAACUGAUGAUUGAUCCUUACAUAGCCGUGGUGGCCGGUGCUCUCACCAUCUGUAACAUCCCUCUUGCUUUCCUUGAGCCCACGAUCGCCAACUGGAUGGAGGACACCAUGCACUCCAGCCAGUGGGAGAUCGGCAUGACAUGGUUUCCUGCGUUCUUCCCUCAUGUCCUGGGUGUCUAUCUCACUGUCAAAUUAGCAGCCAAGUACCCUCAUCUCCAGUGGUUUUACGGGGCUAUAGGUAUGGUGUUUAUAGGUGCGAGCUCCUGCACGGUGCCAGCCUGUAAAAACUUUGGCCAGCUCAUGAUCCCACUGUGUGGCAUCUGUUUUGGCAUCGCCUUCGUGGACACGGCGCUCCUGCCGACACUGGGUUUCCUGGUGGAUGUGCGCCAUGUGUCAGUGUAUGGCAGUGUGUACGCCAUCGCAGACAUCUCCUACUGUGUGGCCUACGCCCUGGGGCCCGUGGUGGCCGGACAGAUAGUGCACGACCUGGGCUUCGUUCAGCUCAACUUAGGCAUGGGGCUCGCCAACGUGCUUUACGCACCGGCGCUCCUGCUGCUGAAGAACGUGACUAAGAUGAAACCCUCUUUCUCCGAGCGAAAUAUGCUCCUAGAAGACGGUCCAACGGGGCUGUACGAUACGAUUAAGAUGGAGCAAAAAGAGAAGAAGAAGAAAGGUUUGUGCACGACGAUCGACGAGAAUGGCAUUGAAACCUUUGCUCAGCGCUCGUACUCAGAGGAGGAAUCCUCAGGAGGAGAGUAUGCGUAAAAGUCCUUUAAACUGAGUGUAAAACGAUCAAAGUGCCCAUUUAGAGUUGUGUGUAGCCCGUCUGAUUCAAUCAAAUGCAUAACACGAUUAGGAGUGU